AUGCGAAGCCUUCCAGUUGGUUUGUUUCUUGUCGCCUUUUUGACCAUCUGUUCCGGUGCCCCUUCUUUUAACCGUGUUGGACGUCCGCGAUUUUUCCUGAGAGACGAAAAAAGACGUGAGUGUUCAAUCAUAGUUAAUUAAAGCGAAAUGGUUGGGAAACCCUUUGUUAUAGGUUUUUGUUAACGUUUUUGGACCUGACCGUGCACAACGUUCAAUAGUAUUCCUAUCAUUUUGAAGUUAUUGACCAACAGAAACAUUGCAUUGAUUUAUUCAGUCAUAAUUUAUGAACAGAAAACAAAGGAUUGUGCACGGUCAGGGAGCUUCCAACAUAACCUAAAGUACCGUUGUUUUCAACUUUGGUGUUUGCCGGGUUUCCUAACCAGUCUCCUCUACUAACUCAGGGUUUUCUUUAAGGUUUUAAGUAGCCGGACUUUUUUGAAAAGUAGACGAUUGUGGGUCCAGAGGACCCAUACGAUGGGCUUUAGCCCAUCGUUUCUAGGGGGUCCGGGGGCAUGCUCCCCCGGAAAAUUUUUGAAAACUGAACGCUGGAAAACGCAUUUCCUGGCAUUUUAGGCCAUGAAAGUCAGACAUUAGAGGGAUAAACUAAGCUGCAAUUAUACGGAGCGACAUUUCAAUAAUACAGCCGUAUAAACAAAAAGUGGAAUUAUAUUUUUUGUAUCUUUUUAGUAACCAUGGUUCAAUCUAUUCUGUAGUUCUUUCUUGCUCGUUUGGUUGGUUCCACUGACUAACCUGACUUACGGUGAUCGUAAAAUAUCUCGGCAUAUCUAACAAAGGUAUUCAGCUCAAAGUUCGUACCACAGUUAUCUAACCAAAGGUAACCCUCGGCGGUUUUACCUAAAAUAAAAGGACUUUAAUGAACACAUACUACAUCAGCUACACCAACUACAGCAAACAUCAACUUUAUCAUAGUACACUAAGUCAUCACCAAACACGUCUCUAUAUUCGUGACGGUUAUCAUGAAUCUAUUACCUGUCAUGACACUUUGCUCAUUUUCUGUGCAUUUUGUCUACCCAACCUCCCCCCUAGGGCCCAGGGCUUUUCCCUCCCAUUUUUUAACCAACAUCAAUUUUCUCCCAGCAAUAUCCAUAUGUUGCCAAGAAAAAUGGUUAUGAGAGUUAAUAAAAUGAUCACUGAAGAUCGAGAAAAUGCUUUGAUCUAUUAUAAAAUUCUCUCAACUAAUUCUUUAAGGAAAUGUCUAGAGAUCACUUUGGAGAAUUUGUUAGUGGAUAUCGGGGGGUUAAAGGGAAAAACCAUAGGGCCGAGGUUGUUGUCUACCUUAUUUAUCACAAAGAUGGAAAUAACAAGAAUGUGACAGUAGAAAGCCAGGUUCUUCCAAAAGGCUAAUGUAUUUUAAAAUUUUCUGAACGUUUGAUAAUUUGACAAUCUGUUUGAAUCUUUACUUUAAGCCGCCGGCAACGUGGACAUGGAAGCUUGUUUAAAAGCUCAUAAUCAGCUGCGUGCCAAACACAAUGCCUCACCCUUAUCUUGGGAUACGAAACUCGCUAAUGAUGCGCAGGAAUGGGCCAAUCGUCUCGGCAAUCUAGGAAAAAUGAUGCACGCAACGGGUACUGGUGAAGGCGAAAAUCUCUACUGGUCUGCGAGUACUUCGAAAGUCGCCACUUGCGUAGAUGCAGUAGAAGCAUGGUAAAUGAUAACUUAUGCUUAAAUCCAGAUGUUUGAACAAACCUAGCUUGUCCGUGGAUCGCUGCUUACCGUUUCUCUUCUUAAUUAUAGGGCUUCAGAAGAAAAAGACUACCCAUUUGACCAUCCACCGCAAACAUUUGCAGAAUUCGCAAAUAAUGGUAAAGCCAUUGGUCACUAUACACAGGUUAGACAUGUCUUCCUUAUAUUCCCUUGAUAGCCUGCAGUACAGUCGUCUUCUUCGGGUGCCCAUGUUUUGCUAGCGAAAGCGCCAUGUUGAAACUCCAAAAGAGCCGUGAGAAGAACUAACGGCUACUAUUUUUCCGGAAUUUUUGGAGGAAUUUUAGACAUCAAAAAAAAUUUUAGAAAAUCUCGGGAAUUUUAGAGCAAAUUGAACAUUCAACCGACAUUUUGGCAACGUUUCACUGGCAAAAACGUUGACAAAACAUGUUUUUUUUUUGGUAUUCCUAUCAACCAAGAGAGGGCUCAAUACGCUCACAUGCUUCAGCGGUGUCUAGAACAUUAUAUACUGAGCACAACAAAUCAGCCGUUUUGCGUCAUAGUCAACUACACUAUACAACUUAUCAGCGGUUAUUCACCAAAAAGGGCCCUUGCUAUAAAAAAAAAUGUUUUAGAAGUUUUGGGAAUUUUAGGGAGUUUUUGGAGAUUUUAGAUCUUUUUUUCGGGGAAAUUUUGAAAGAAUUUUAGGCCACAUUUCGGGAAUUAUGUAGCCAAGCCUAUUUUGGUUUCUUUUUUCCCUUUCCUUUGCCUGUCCGCAACUUACGCUCCGGGUUUACGCUCUCCCCCGAAAAUAAAACUGAAGAACUCCUUGCAGCUUAAAUCAUAUCAAGCUUUGAGAAAAACGAUUGCAUUGAAGUUUCCCAAAGUGUUCACUCAGUCAGUGAUGAUAGGUUGAGCAGGGAUAAACAGAAGAAAUCAGAAGUAUUAUAUCACACCUAGCUUUUUCUCUUAUUUGUCCCCAUUCCGCAGGAAGUUUGGAAGGCAACUAAAAAAGUGGGUGUAGCCAUUGCGACAAAGAAAGAUGGCGUUUUCACCAACACAUACAUCGUGGCACGAUAUUAUCCGUCUGGAAACAUGCUGGGACAUUUUGGAAGCAACGUUGAGUAGCCUGAAACUGAUAGUAUUUUUCUAGUGAGUAUUAAUAAUGCCGUAGCCUAAACUACAUAAAUUGUAGGAGUGUUACUUGGUCUUGGGUAACAAGGGUGACACAGUGGUGAGAGCACUUGCCUCCCACCAAUGUGGCCUGGGUUCAAAUCCCUGCGUCGAAAGCUUACGUGGGUUGAGUUUGUUGUUGGUUCUCUUCUAUGCUCCUAGAGGUUUUUUUCCGGGUACUCCGGUUUUCCCCUCUCCUCAGAAACCAACAUUUUCAAAUUCCAACUCGACCAGGAGUGGUAAACGAAGAACCACUAUGUGGAUGUGCUAUAACUAAGUCUAAGUCUUUGUUUAGAGAAACUAUAAGCUUUAAACUACAAAUCAAAUAAGUGAAAGAAACGCCUUUUGUUGAAAAAAAUCUUUGUUCCUCCUUCGUACAUAAUGAGAUAAACUUGAAAAAAGCAGGCCGCAUACGGUUUUUCAAGUUUAUCCGAAUGCGUUUUAUUCCCCUUCUACAGUCAGUUAUAGUUUGGGAAGGGCAGAUUUUUCCCAAAUAGCUGGAACCUCUCUUAAUGUCCUUUUCUUCUGAAAUAUGCCAUCUUCAGAUUGCUAUUUGAUUUGGUUCUCUUUGUAAAUCAGAUAAUUUCCCUUCAUACUUUAAAACCUGUGAACAUAGAAGCAACUAAUUUGGGGAUUCAUGCAGGUUAUAAAGUUGGCGACUCUUUAAGUGAUGCAUUACAACUAACGACGACAAAAUAACUUUUUCCUUUCUUUUUUUUUUCCCUUAGAACCUAGAGCAAGAAGCUUUCAAAGACGAUUAUUAUCUUAUUACUUUAGGAAUUGUAUCAAGAUCGUCCAUUAUAAUCAGCAUUCGAAGCCAUAAAUGCAAAGAAGUUAAAAUGCAGUUGCAAAUUAGAAAGCCUGCUAAAAAAUAGAGCUUGACGGGAUUCGAACCCUGACCUCCACCUAAUGCUGG